AUGGUCCAUUUGCCUUUUGACAGCCCCUCGGGCUGCUCGCAACUUGUGGUGGGGCGCGACACGCUGGUGGUGUCAGACGGGUGUGGCAUCAGCAAAUGCGCCAUCCCUAGACCUGUGCAGCAAGUCACCACCAUGGAUGGAGUGGCCAGUCUCACUUGUCAUGCCCGCCAGCUGCUGCACCUGCUGCAGGCCCCUACAGUAAGGAGCUCGUUGGUUACCUGGGACCGGAAGCUGGCUAUCGUGGCUUACUCGGCCCUCACUCUCUUGCUGCCGAAUGUUCGCCACAAACUGGACAUACAAGGAUUGGUGGCUUCUCUUGUUUCUGCCGUGGACAGUCAUCCAGAGGUGCGGACAGUAGACUUGCUUGAUAUCAUGGGCUACUGCCGGUGGUGUAGCGAGCUGACUCACAUCCUCAUGGUGCUGGGACCUUUUUGUCCACCUGCUGUUCUGCAACUGGAGGAUUCGGAGGUUCUCAACCAGGCACUGGGGGUGCUUGUGAACAUUGCUCGACUGGAUCCUACAAAGUUUUGUAUUGCACCAAUAUUGAAAACCCUGCAAACUUUGGCAGCAACACAAAAGUUGUGCCCAGUGGCUAUUCGUCUGAUGACAUCGUUAUGGCAACUACAAGAUCGUUGCUUUCCUCAUUUGCUUAAAACCAUUGGUGAAGGAGACACAAAGUCUAAAUCAGCAGAACUAUCUUUUGACAUCAUCUUGGCAAAAGCAGAAGCAAUCAAGGACAUUUGCCACUCAAAACCUGAACAGCAUGGUGCAGAACUGUUAGCCCCUCUGUCCCAUGUUUUGCAGACAGCAGUAGAUGAAGAAGGAGGAGCACCCUGUGCAUUAGCACUGGAGGGUUUAUAUCACCUUUGCGAAGCAGAGGUAACUGACAUCCAGUCAGUUUGGGGUGUUUUGAGUAAACAGCUUGCCAGUGACCAGAGGCGUGCAAAAUUUCAGGCAGAGUGUGUCACUAGCUUAUGGAAGUAUGCCUGGAGCUCAGACAUCCAUGUACAGAGAGCAGCUUUCCAAGCCCUUGCAUCAUACAGCUUAGACAACUUUCACGUUAGUCAUCUGCCCAGACAGGUUUGUGAAGACCUUUACCAGCAGAUUAUUAUGAUGCAACAGCAGGAAGAGAAAGAAAAUUUAAGCAUUGAUGAAGUUUUCACAUUUAUACCAGGCGUCAGCUUCACCAGGCUUUUGCACACUUUGUCUGAACCUGUUCUUGAUGACUAUGGAGGGUUCCUGAGUAGCAUGGUAGGAAAAGAGGUGGACUCCCUUCCUCGAGGAAUAUAUCAUUCUUCCACACGUCAACAAGGAAUAGCUAGAAGUCAGGAUAAGGCAAUUAGUGCUAUCCCAUCUUUUAUCAGUGGUCAGUACAACAGAACCAAGCAGCCUGGCUUGCGUCCAAGCCUAGCAGCUGCUCUUUUAUUCUCAUAUGACCCCCCGGUGGAGGUUGGAAGGGAUGGACGUCCUCGAAAACAUUACCUCAUCAAACAUGGCAAGCAGUUUCUGGACACUUUUCGCACCCUUUUGAAUGAAGUGCCAGUGCAACCCUCAGAAUGGCACCGCACCAUGCUCAUGCCUCAGGCGUGGCAGUCUUUUGUGGAGCGUGUUUUCCUUGCAGUGAUUGAGGGUCGCAAAGCUGAACUAGAACUACAGCUGAAACACGGUCACAUUUCUGAAGAUCAGCUGGAUGAGAAGAGUAAUACUGCCUGGCUGUUUGCUCGAGACUCCAUAGUUGACAUUCUGAAGACUGCUUCCAGGGGCAACCCAAGCAUUCAGGCAAACAGUGUGCUUGCUCUGUGUGGUGCUGUUGUCUCAGUGUCACACUUUGCUGCAAGUCUGGAUGAUAGGUCCAUGAAGGAUAGUGAUGCUGCCACUGAACAUCUAGGUCACACUCACUGGCUCAGUGUUGCCAUAGAUACCAUCCUGUCUCUCUGGAACAUAAAUUAUAAACCCCAUGGAAAGCUUCUAGGGCUGUGUCAGCAGAGGUCUGUGGAUGACCGCAUACCUGCCAGUACACUGACUCAGGCCACAGCCUGUAUCUGUCUGGCUCCUCUUAUUCCAAUCCUCAUCAGCAGCAAUUCUGACCUAGUGUUUUACAUCAUGCAUGAGAUGACCCAAAGUCUUCCUGGGAGACCAAAAGCUUCUGACAUGCCAGUGAUUCAGUUCCAUACAGGACUGGGGCUUGGCUCUUUUCUGGGAAGGCUGUUUGAAGAGCAUUUUUCAGAUGUUUCAGGCAAAAAGGGAAUGCUUGAGGUUUGGAAAUGCACAAAAAGCUUGGAGGAUUGCUGCAUAAAUGAAAAAGAAGAAAACAGAGCUGGCUGUUUGUUGGGACUUGGAUUAGCAUUGACUGGCUUAUGUGGUGAAGGGAAAACAGACUCCAGGGUGCAUGUUGCUGUCAUGCAUGAAAAACUUUUCACUCUUAUGGAGCACACACCUGUUGAACACAACUCCUAUCAGGCAGUCUGUUUUGCUAUGGCCUGCAUAACAGGGACAGCAUAUGCAGCUAACAUCUUGCCCAUUGAGCGUGUUAAUGUUGUACUGCAUCAUCUUGAAGUGACCCAGAAGCAGAAUGUGCAGGUAAUGGGAGUUGGUCUCUCCCUUGCUAUGCUGUGCUACAGCCUCAGUAAAAUGGGGCACCCAGGUGUCACUGACCUAAGGCAGGUGCUGACCAGACAGUGGCUUAAGGCAAUCAGUUCUCAGGAUACAGCACCAAUGGAGAAAGUGACAGCAUUAAAUGGCUUGAUGGCUAUGAUUGGAUCAGAACAAAGUCUGAUUGUGGUGCAGUCUGGUGUGUCUCUUGUCUCAUCUGAUAUCAAAGUGUCGGAGGUUAUUGAGGCUGUAACAAAGAUUGUGCAAAGUGACCCUGACCUGGGGAUUCAGUGCAAUGCAUCAUGGAUGCUUGGACAUCUUUACCUUUCUGCCUGUGCUGUAGCAGAAGCCCGGGCCAGUGUUCCUCCUAACUAUAGUUAUCUACCAGAAGCCAGCUUUCUGCGUGCUCUUUUGGACUUUUUGAUGGAAGCUGGAAGACAAGGGCCUGACUUUGCAUCAGAAAGUCAAGUGAAAGUUGUCCUUUCAGCAUUGCAAGAUGAGGUCAGACAAGUGCUACCACCUGUAAACUGGGCAGGAGUGUUGUCACCACUGAUGCGCAUGCCAUUUGGAGAUGAGUGUGUUCGGCUGUGUCUGUCUCUUGCUGUGUCACAAAGUGCAUCCUCACCUACAGCAACCAUGUUCCUUGCAUCCUGGAUGACUCCACCAUUGUUCAUGACCUUAAAUGCGAUCAACAUGAAGGAGCUGUACUGCUCUUUACCCAAGCUGGUCAAAUCAGUCCCAUUGUCAGUACUGACAACUUUUUUGGAACGCAGUUGCUGCCUUCCAUUGGCUGCAGAAACAUUUGAUGCUGGACUUGCAGUUUCAGUCAUGCAAGGUCUGUCAGCGUCUCUCAAAACACCAGAUCCACCACAGUCUGUUAUGGCCAUACUUUUCCAGGCAACUGGAAAGAUUUAUUCAAUGAUGCCUUCCAUCUGGAAUCAAUCUCUGUUUGGAAGCAUAGCAGAAUGCCUGUCAAAUGUCCCUGAUGAGAUUCUUGACUCCAUCACGGUGAAUGACUACACCUCUGGGUCUUGCACUCUGUGUGGAUUCUAUGUGGGCUGCUAUUUAGUGGCUGGAGGACAUCAGCCCAUCACUCUUCUAAAUGGCUUGAUUGACAGUGCAAUAAACAACCCACAGUGUGAUCAGAACAUUCUGCUGUAUUGCCUGGCACAUUGCUUCUGGGAAAGUGUAAGACAUCGCACAGAAACAGCAGGACCUAUGGCCCGCUUGAACUGGAUAGUGGAACUAUUGGGGCACACCAGGAACAUAGCAAGAGGCUCGGUACCCUUAACAUCUCCAGAGCAAUCUCUUAGUAAGGCUGUGGAGUUUGCAGCCAUAGUUGUUGCCAUGGCACUGAAUCUACUGACUGCAUCUCAGCCCCUUCCAGAUUUUGGCCUUGACCCAGGAUUUUUUAAGACCAAAGAAGAUCCCAAGUAUGAAGGUGGCGAUAAGGCUGGGGAACUAACUCCUUCUCUUCCAGGAUGGAGCACAGAAUUAAAGAAAAUCUUUCUACAACUUUUGCCAUCAUCUGUCAAAAAGCUAGAGCAGACGCCAUGGGAUCAGCUUUUACUAAAGAUAAUGGAAUGGCUGAUGACGAUGGAUGGAGUAUCAGAGUCUCUUUCCAUGCCUGAAUGGACAGGCAUUUUCAAAGCAAGUCAAGUCAUGCUGCGACACAGUUCAGAAUUUCGUAAAAUGACAAGCUGGACCAAAAUUGUGGCAUCUGUUUGAUACCAGGACAAAAUGACUAAAUCAUGCCAAAAGAAUGCAAGUAUUUUGUGGACACUUAUGGAUGUGGAUGGAAUACAAUCACCAUGCAAGACAUAUUCAUAGUUUUUACUGAAUGUGAGUAGUUGUAGCAUACAAUGACCUGUAAAUGUUGCAUGAAUUAUAUUUAGACUGAACUUUAAAUGCUUAAGGCAUUUAUUAUUAGUUAGGUGCAGUGAAAAUAUAUAUCUGUCUACAUGCGUAUGGUAUGUAUACUAAUAUAUUGCAUACAAAUCAUGAAGAGCUUUCCUCUGAAUUUAAUUAUAUUUUCAGUCAGUACAGCUGUACUGUUCAACUCUAUGUUUAUCAAGACUACAUUUAUAUUUUUUUUAAGUGUGGUGCUGUUAGGAAGUGAUAGAAUACCAAUUGUACAAAAUUCAAGAAACAUAAUAAAAUGGAGUAUUUUAUCUU